CAGCGGCUGGGUUUUGCUUUCAGGCACUCUCUCUCACAUGGCUGUUGAACAUGACUGGUAUUGUACGGCGUUAUUAGGCAUAUACAACAACAUCUGAUGAAUAUUUAUUUAUUGACUUCCGUAGGAUACAUCCGCCACUGCUUUUCCAAUCCUGUUAACGACUUGCACUGACAAACAAUACAUCAGGAAACAUGCAAAAAUCCGCCGCCCGUUAUUUAAUCUUUUUCCAAUAUGCAGGGACCAAAUAUAGUGGCGUGAUGAAAACAGCAGCAGAUCAAGCUGUAGAGGGGGUUGAGAAUCAUCUAGAGAGUGCUGUGCGGAAACUAAAGCCGGUGAAUGAGGUGUCAGUGAUGAUCUCCAGUAGAACAGACACUGGUGUGCAAGCCUUGUGUAACUCUGCACACGUAGAUAUCCAGCGGAGAGGAGACAAGCCACCACUGCUGGAGCAAGACCUGGUUGAUGCCCUGAACUUCCACUUGAAAGCAGAACCUAUAAGAAUCACCAGGGCUUACCGCGUCCACAGCGACUUCCACGCACGCUAUCGGGCCGUAUCACGCACAUAUGUGUACCGCUUUGCUUCGGGUCUCAGACAUCACACAGAAAUGCCAGUAACGGAGAGGGAUCUGUGCUGGGCAUUACGAGACACGAGGCUAAAUAUCUCUGCAAUGCAAGAGGCUGCCGCACUUCUGUUAGGAACCCAUGACUUCAGCACCUUCCGUGCCUUGAGCUCAGAGACGCCCUUUAAGAACCCAGUGAAGACCCUAGAGAAGGCCCAGCUGGAAUCUGGGGUCUCGUUCAGUCAGAGACACUUUCACAGAGAUAUUCCGUUCUGGGAGCUCACUUUUAAAAGUAGAUCCUUUUUAUACAGACAAGUGCGGAGGAUGACUGGGGCGCUGGUUGCCGUCGGUCAGGGUAGACUGUCUGUUAGUCAGAUUCAGGAGCUGCUAGAAGCACGAGAUUCACUGGCGUUCCCACAAAACCUGACGGCCCCAGCCCACGGCCUGUUUCUGACCGACGUACAGUACAGAGAUACAGAAAAUGAGGGACUAUAAGGGACUGUUUCCUACUAAUAAUCAACAGAAUGUCUCGGACUCUGCUGAUAGAGCUUACUCCAGGACAUUGAUCAGUUUGUU